UCCACAUUCGCAUUCGAGACGUGAUGGGCACGAGAAGGUGGUUUCAUCCGAACGUCACAGGACAAGAAGCGGAGCAGUUGUUGCUGCAUCAAGGCGUAGACGCCUCUUAUCUCUGUCGUCCGAGUCGCAGUAAUCCUGGAGACUUUACGCUUUCUGUGCGGAGAGGUGAUGAAGUAACUCACAUUAAAAUACAGAACACUGGAGACUUCUAUGAUCUAUACGGGGGAGAGAAAUUUGCAACACUUAGUGAACUCGUCCAAUAUUAUACCGAAAGCCAGGGCCAAUUGAAAGAGCGAAAUGGACACGUCAUUGAACUCAAGUUUCCUCUCAACAGCGAAGAGAUCACAAACGAACGUUGGUACCACGGAGCACUAAACGGUCGGGAAGCAGAGACUCUUCUUAUUGAUCGCGGCUCUCAGGGCUCGUUUCUUGUGCGAGCCUCGUCUUCAAAGCCAGGAGAUUAUGUUCUGUCUGUCAGGUGUGAGGGAAGCCGGGUGACACACGUGAUGAUCAGGAACAAGGAGGGAAAAUUUGAUAUUGGAGGUGGUGAGCAGUUUGAUACACUGGACAGUCUGGUUGAUUAUUACAAGAAGAAUCCGAUGGUGGAGACGUCGGGGACGGUCGUUGCUUUGAAAGUUCCGUUCAAUGCGACUCGCAUGAAUGUCGCUAACAUUGAUAAUCGAGUUGGACAGUUGGCUCGUCAGAGAGAGGACGUGUACGGCAAGGCUGGAUUCUGGGAGGAGUUUGAGCAGCUGCAGCAGCAAGAGUCGAAGCAUCUCUACAAGCGACAAGAAGGAGCGAAGCCGGAGAACAAGUCGAAGAACAGAUACAAGAACAUUUUGCCAUUUGACCAUACGAGGGUGAUCUUGCAACCUGACGAAAUGUUUGCUGAUUCUUCGGAGUCGGGUUAUAUCAAUGCCAACUACGUUUCUGGUGAAACUCCUGGCAGUGAGAAAGCGUACAUUGCUACUCAAGGAUGCCUACCGAGCACGGUUGUUGAUUUGUGGAGAAUGAUUUGGCAAGAAAAAUGCAGGGUGAUUGUCAUGACAACAAAUGAAGUUGAAAGAGGACGGAAUAAGUGCAUUCGAUACUGGGCAAAUAAAGAUGACCAGAAAGAGAUAGGGCCAUUCACAAUAGCAUGUUUAAGCGAAGAAAGCAAACACUCUCACAUUAUUCGAGAACUUCUUAUAAUGAGACAAGACGACCCGAACCCUCGGACAGUUUUUCAGUUUCAUUUCAAGACGUGGCCUGAUCAUGGGGUUCCGAAUGAUCCCGGUGACGUACUGCACUUUCUUGACGAAGUGAGAAAGAGUCAGGAUGGAAUGGAAGAGGCCGGACCAAUCGUUGUGCACUGCAGUGCAGGAAUUGGUCGGACAGGAACGUUUAUUGUCAUUGACGUUCUUCUCAAUAUUAUCAAACAACAUGGUUUAGAUUGUGAGAUCGACAUUCAAAAGACCAUCCAGAUGGUUCGAGCUCAGCGAUCUGGAAUGGUUCAGACGGAGGCACAAUACAAGUUUAUUUACAUGGCAAUCAAGCAUCAUAUCGAGACGCUGAGAGCACGCAUGGAUGCAGAGCAUAAGAUGAUGCCUGCACGGCCGUAUGAUAAUCUUAAGUUUCCUUCAGGUGCUUCGGGAACUUCAACAUCAGGCACUGCUUUUGGUGGAGCAUCAUCUCGACCUCCAUAUAAUGGUAUUCCUGCCGUGUCGACUGGACCUCCACCUCCAGCACGACCAGCUCACACGAUGACACCAACCGGAAUGCAAGAUCAACCCUUAUACCACAACUGGCCAGCCAUUCGCGACCAGACACAGACAGGCGCUUAUAAUGUCAGUGACCGUGCAGACUAGUAGAUCUCAUCGUUGCGAUUUAUAGCAGUUUCUCUGGUCUCAGACUGUGAUCUAAGUUAUUACUACGUAGGCUCGCCUUUUCACAGUUCUUUGUCUGUGCGUGCGUGCGUGUGUGUGUGUGCGUGCAUUUGAUUGUUGUAGCUAAAAAAAUUAGUACAUUGUGUCACACAAAGCA